GCUGCGGAAAGGGCGCACAGCUGCUACCAUCCGCCGUCGUCGAAGCAGGAGCGACGCCGACCUCGCAUUUGUCGUUCGUGUACUACGUUCGCGUCGUCCAGAGAAUACAUUGUGUGUGCGCGGCGGUCGGUGAAAUACAGCUUUGUUCUUUCAUUGCGUCAUCUGCUGCCGGCACUACAACCGCUGAAAGCUCGCUCGCCGGCUGUCGUGCCUGCUAGAACAGCGAACCUGCAACACGUCAUGCUGACUGGAACGAUGCAGAAUACCAUUCGCCGGGUGCUGAGGCCCUCGCUGGCCGCUGCCGGCCGGUGCACGUCGGCGCGCAACGCUUCACAGGGAGCGUCGGACAGCGACCCGCCGAGGGUGCUCAUCACAGGCAGCUUGGGACAGCUGGGAACAGGACUGGCUCGACUGCUAAGGAAGAAGUACGGCAAAGAAAACGUCAUCAUGUCCGACAUAGUGCGGCCACCCAAGAGCAUCCUUGCAGAAGGCCCGUACGUCUACGCUGACAUCCUGGACUUCAAGAACCUCCAGGAGCUCGUUGUGAACGAGCGGAUUGACUGGCUGAUCCACUUUAGCGCUCUCCUCUCGGCCAUCGGCGAGCGAAACGUACCGCUGGCCAUGCGCGUCAACGUCGAAGGUGUGCACAACGUGAUGGAACUGAGCAAGCAGUACCGACUACGCCUCUUUGUGCCCAGCACCAUCGGAGCGUUCGGUCCUGACUCGCCACGUAGUCCGACUCCAGAUCUGUGCGUCCAGCGGCCGAGGACCAUAUACGGCGUGUCCAAGGUCCAUGCAGAACUUUUAGGAGAGUAUUAUCACCACAAGUUCGGCCUCGACUUUCGGUGUCUCCGGUUUCCAGGUGUCAUCUCGUACGACAGUGAGCCCGGAGGUGGGACCACAGACUACGCAGUGCAAGUGUUCCACGACGCACUAAAGUACGGGAAGUUCACAUGCUACCUCAAGCCCGACACACGUCUCCCGAUGAUCUACAUCACGGACUGCUUGCGUGCUCUCAUGGAGAUGAUGGAGGCGCCCUCCGAGAGCCUCAAGCUUCGCACUUACAAUGUGACCGCCAUGGACUUCACACCCGAGGAGCUGUUCAAGGAAGUUCUCAAGCUAGUGCCCGACCUCAAGGUUGACUAUAAGCCGGACGGACGGCAAGAAAUCGCCGACUCUUGGCCACAAGUGUUCGACGACAGCAAUGCACGUCGUGACUGGGGCUGGAAGCCAACCUACGACCUGGCUCAGAUGUGCAAAGUUAUGGUUGACAAUCUUCGACCCGUCUAUAAACGCUGACCCGGGAUACCAGUUUAGAAAAAAUAUUCAUCUCGUUUCACGUUCCCGAAACAGCACAAGCCAAGAACAAGAAAAAGGGAGUUCACAUAUUCUGGGUGUGCGCUGUUUCUGAUGCGACCUUCGUACGUCAUCCGUCCAGCCCCGUCGACAGAUCUGAACUGCACUCAUGACUGGCCGCAAAUUAGAACUUUCAUUCAGUACAGCGCUUUCAUGUAAGCAGCUUGAAUAGCUGCAUGUUGUCUUAAAUGCCCUCUUCAUCACCAUUUUGAAGUUCCGACCAGAUCUGUCACAGACUUUAGUUACUGGGGGGCAAAUUGUGUCCGCGAAGCGAUUGCGUCGGGAGCUUUGGCCCAUGCACUUGGGAUGAAGAAAUUGUGAAUCUGUACUAUCGUUAGACCUCUCAGUUGUGCCUGUGAGUAAACGAGCAUUACAAAACGAAAAGCCUCUAUGAUGGCUGCUUGACAUGACGCUAUCGCAACGUUUAUGCAUUGUAACAAGGCCAUCGAAGUAUGCAUGUUCUUGUGCUAAUUGUUUGAGUGUAUACUGAUCACGUUGCAUGAGCACUUUUAGAAAUGGCUAGAGUGCCCGAACCAUGUUUUGUCAUUUCAUUAAAACACAAAUGACAAAAGAAAAGUAGUGUUUUCAUAGCACAAUCUGCCUAACUCAUAGCGAUUCCCUCUCAUGUCUUUUAUCAGCCAUAGAUGCCCCUUGUUUAACCAUUGUGUAUGCAGCAGUAAUCAUCAGGGUUCAUGCGGGUCCUUGAAAUCCUUGAAAACCCUUGAAUCUGAAAAGUUUGUUUUCAAGGCCUUGAAAGCAUUCGAACUUUUGCAAAUCCUUGAACUUUCCUUUUUUAAAAUAAACAUUGUGGCACAUAUCACGGUGUAUUAUUUGUGAUGCCACAAAUGUAGCAGGUGGCAUAUGUAAUGAGCCCACCAUAAAAGAAUCGAGAGCUAUCAGUAGCUUCGGCACGGAACCGAUACCGGACAUUCAUGGAAACUCGGAAAAGGCAGGAGCAGAGGGAUGAUAAACAGAAAAACAAUUGUUGCAUUGAUGAGAAGGUCGAAAUGCUUACAAAAAAGAAAAAAAACUUGAACCUGCUGCAAAGGAAUUAAAAGCUACAGCUGAACCAUAUGCAGAAGAGGCAGAGACAAUUAGCAACCUGACAUGCAUCAUCAAAUCAAACAGUCUUAGGAAGACUGCCAAGACCAAGCAGCAGGAGAUAGUGGAUACCAAUAUGAAAAUUCGGAAAAAGCAACAAGGCGUUGAGCGAUAACAUACUUUAGCCACGAAAUAACACAAACAUGCCUGUUGUCCUUGUGUUUCUUUAUUCUUUGUAAGGCAUUGCGAGAUAACCGUUUCUUAGUUUUUCCUACUUGAAUAAAACUCAAAAGUGAUUACCUAUGCAGCUUUCAGAAACUGAUUAGUUGUCUAGAAAGGAAAUGUCAUCGAAGUCAUGUUUUUUAUGUCUGCUCAAGAAAUGUUACUCUUUUUCGAUGAAUUCAAGUUAUUUCAAGCCUUUAUCCUUCCAUUUUAUUGGGUUUCUAACAGACAAUGUGGUCCUUGAAUGUUUGCUCAGAUAGCCUUGUAAGUCCUUGAAAACCUUUGAAUUUUUGUCAUGUAAAUGCGCAUGAACAUUGAAUCGUUUAAAUUGCAUUUCCUCCUAGCAUUGGCAUGUCAUGUGUGCUCACAUCCACUGAUUACAGUUGUACGAUAUUUUGCGAUUAAGCUAGAAAAUUUUUGGCAAACAUUGAACCUAGAGGAGUUGCUUUAAUCUGAUAAGAAGGCACCAACAGGCCUCAUGUUUCACUCGCAACAUUUCACCCAAAAAGAGGGCUUUCACUUAAAUGCAGUUUGAGGUCGCAAAAGUGUGCUGAAAAGCAAGUUACCUUCUGUAAGAAGUGGUGCAGAUUUGUUUCGAAGUGUGUGUGCCUUAAGCUCUUUCAUAGUUUGGCUUCUGUUCAGUAGUUGGGGUGUCAACAAUGCUUGCCUACUCUCAGGCAACCCUGGGAUGAACCAGUGCUGCCGACAAAUGCUUCUUUGCAGACGCUGCAGUGUGCAUUUUCUAAAUUGGGCAUGCCCUUACUGUCGUGAAUUGAAAGAUGUCCACCUAACCGCAGUAGUGCAUCUGGCAACUAAUACGCAGCAAUGCUGUCUAUGAGCACUACUGCUGCAAUGUUUAUAGCUAUAUGCAUACGCUGCCAGUGUUUAUGGCUUUAGGCACGAGUUACACAAGGAGACUCCUGGAUAUCUUUUUUGCAAAUAAGAAAAAGCCUUACUGAAGCUUUCAAGGAACAUUAAAAGAGCACACAAGUGCAAUGUUGGAAACAGUCUGAACAUUGAACAACACAAACUUGCUACAGGUUGAGAUAACAUACACAUAAUUCAUUUUCUAUGUACAGCCGUGGUCACGUCUGUGUAGAGCACGCAAGCAGCCGGUUUUCGCUCUGUGGCGCAAAACCUAGAGGCAGUAUCGUGCUCUAAUGUGGUCAGUCUCUCAACUAGGACACGAAUGCUCCUGAUACACCACCUCAGAGCCUGAAACUGUCUCAAGGUGUCACGCCGCUGGAGCAAAAACUGGCUGCUCACAAGGCUCUACACAGACGUGGCUGCGGCUGUACACCUGAGCAUUUCUUCUCUUAUAUACAAAGAAAUUAAUCACAUCUCUUAGCACUAGUGUUUAGAAGAGGUUUAGGCUUGGCUGUGCUUACACUAACACUGCAUGUCCUUAGUUUUAUGCCGACUCAAAACGUUUAUCACCUUGGUUAUUACAUGUAAGCAGCAUUUUAGCGGCUACAUUUCUGAGACGGUUCUUUCCUUUGAAUUUAUUGUCUUUCCUAGCAUUUCAAUGUUCCAUACAGUCAGUACGGGCCAUAAAAUUUGCCUCGCAGCAAAUAGCUAGUGUAAAUGGGAAAAAGAUACCUAGUGGCUGCAAGGCCUGGCAGUACAUCAUUAAAUAAUGUGCUUGGUGAGAACAAGAAAAAAAUCUACUCUUAUCAAAAGUAAUUAGUCUUGAACUUCGAGAAACUAUUCAGCACAUAAAUGCCUGUAUUAACAAAAUUACUGGGCUUUACACUAAAACAGAAAUGUAGUAACACCUUUUAAGCAAUUAUUAGACUUAACUGUAUAAAAAAAGUUUCGCAAGGUUAACAUGGCAGCAGAAAGCACAAGACCAGGUUGAUUGGCGGAUCAUGGGAGAGGCCUUUGACCUGCAGUGGGUGAAGUCAGGCUGACGACGAUGACUAACAUGCAGUGUACAUUUUAAUUCCUAAUGCUGCAAACCACUGAAAAAGCUGUUCGGAAGGGUUACCUGUUACAUGCCUCGGCACAGCAGUGUUCCAGCAUUUGUAAUCACUACUCCAUUGACAUACCUAUUGGUCGUGAAAUAUUUCACCUUUUUGUGCGAUGCAGUUCGGAGAGAAAUCUGGCACUUGCUGGGCACCAACAGACGGUGCCCUGAAGCCGCAUGCAUGAGUGCAAAAAAUGCAAAAACAGAUUGUACUAUCAUACACAGAUCAUUGUGCAUCAGUCUUGCAAGAGAUCCAUCAACAGCCACUAUCUUUACUUGUACUUAAGUGACUUAGCGUCGAGAAAAGAGGUAUGGAGCUCCCUUUGUCGAGUUUUUAUACUGUUCCUGUUGAACUGCACACUCUACAUCUCGUUAUUCUAAAUCAAGUCCCCCUGCUAAAGGACAUAGUUAAAUAAGGUUGGCAAUGAAGAGCUUUAAAAACAGCAAGAGGUAUUUAUAUUUCUGAAGCAGGACGCUUUACUCCCGAUUAUUGCAUGAACUAUAAAGUAAUAAUUGUGCAGACACAGCCUAACCAUCAAGUAAACAAUGGUGCACACACGCAUUAGUCAUUGCGAGCAUGCUCAUGGGCAAGUACUUUUGUUUGGAAAGUAUUUGCACUGGAUGUCACUGAGCUGUCUUUCAUGUCAAACUCAAAUACAGCAAAACCAUCUUUCUAUGCAUUUGAAAUGUAUGCAAAUGUAAUACUAUAAGCAAGAGGUGCACUGCAUGUAUCGUGCUAACAAAAUGUUAAAUGGGCCGCAAAAUAAAAUGUGAACCUAUGCGAGA